AGGGGAGCAUCCGCCCACAAAAGCCACAGCAAUUUUAGAGUGCCUCAAAUGCAAUUGUGCAUCAAAAAAGUGAACAAUUGGAAAAUCGGGAAAUGUCGUGAGUGGAUUCCGCACAUAAAGACAUCCGGGAGUGAGAAACACGGAGUGGCCCGCGAGUGACGGUUUGGCAUUCAAAGAUAUUUAAAUGAAAGUGGGUGGGCCUUCGCGCAGACGGAGCUCUCUGACAGACCUGCGCUUAUAUCCGUGGAGGAAUAUUAUUUAAUUCCGGAUCUAACAGCGCAGAUAGGCUCGCGUUGAGCGCGUGAGGGACCGCCGCCGUUCGAAGCGAGAUUCUCAGACUCUUAGCAUUUUGUGCUCCGUUAUUGAAGGGUGUUUUUGCAUUGGCACCGCCCUUCCUGACGGGGUGGGUCCGUGCGUCAGAGCUGCGCCACGGUCUGCGGCCGCUGGAGAAAAUAGGCCGUCCUUCUGCUGGGCUGCUGCCUGCCUUCUGCCUGCCUGCCUUUUUUCUCUUAAACAACUCCUCUCCGGGUUUCAUUAAUGCGGAAUGAGUGAUCAAAAGAAAGAAGCCAUGGCCACAGAUGGGGGGAAAGCCAGCGGAGGUGAAGUUGGGACGAAAGGGAAAAGUUCUGGAUCGCAGGAUGCACAGCCGUCUCCUCUCGCAUUGCUGGCAGCGACGUGCAGUAAAAUAGGCGGUGUUGGGGGCGAGGGUCAGACGGCCACCCAGCAGCAGAUAAUAAUCGACCCCAACCAAGGUCUGCUUCAGCUCCAGAACCCCACGCAGCAGCUCGAGCUGAUUCCUGCACAGCUAACAGGAAACGGCUGGCAGAUCAUCGCCACUUCCCCUGCCACCGCAACCAAGGACAGCGUUCAGCAGCAGGUGGCCAACGAGAGCGCCGCGGGGCGAAAGGUCAAAGCGGCGGGUUCGAGUAACGCACCUGGCUCACAGCAGCAGCAGCAGUUUCAGAUCAUCCAGGUGCAGAAUCUGCCGAACUCGUCCGGUGGGAUUCAGUAUCAAGUCAUCCCGCACCUUCAGACGGCCGACGGACAGCAGAUCCAAAUAAGCCCUAGUAACCCCACGGCCUUAAGCGUCCAGCCCGAACAGAUCCAGCUCAUUCCCGCCGGGAACAACCAAGCCAUUCUGGCCACGCCCCAAAGGGCGGGAUCAACCGGCAUCGUCGCGCAAAACCAAACGAUCCCGCUUCAAAUCAGACCGUCGUUUCCUUUGCAGCUGCAAACUAUUCAAGGUACGCAAGCUCCAAUGGUGACGACGCUACCUAUUAACCUCGGCGGCAUGACUCUGGCGUUGCCGGUUAUCAACAAUGUUGCAGCAGCAACAGGGGGCGGAGCUUCAGUUCAGCUCAUCCAAUCAGGCGACGGAAGCAUUUCAAAUGGAAACCAAGCGAGCACAGCGGAGUCCGCGUGCGGGACGGCCAGCGACGCGACAGCAGAUGCUACGACAUUAUCUACCGGAGCCGAAAGCCAGAAAGACAGUCAAGCGGGCGAGUCGGAUGCCCAGAAUCUCACCCAAUCCAACGGCCUCCAAUCUGCAUCCGAGCAGCCCGGACAAAUCCAGCAGUUCCAAAUCGUAGGGCACCCGGUCCUCCAGCAGAUCCAGAUCCAGUCGCCCCAACAGCAGGUGGUCCAGGGCUCCAUACAGACUUUGCAACCGAUGCAGCAGAACCUCCAGCUGCAGGCCUUCCAGAACCCCACACAGGUUCUGAUCCGGACGCCCACGCUCACCCCGUCGGGUCAGAUCAGCUGGCAGACGGUGCAGGUGCAGAAUGCGGGCGUGCCCCAGCAGCUGACGCUCGCGCCUGUGGCUUCCAGCUCGAGUGGGGCGACGUUCACACAGAUCGCCCCGCUGACGCUCGGCGGGUCGCCCAUCACGCUCAGCGCCGCCCAGCUGUCCUCUGGGACCGGGGUGCAGACGGUGAACAUCGCAGGUUUGGGGGCGGCUGGAGUCCAGGUGCAAGGCGUCCCGCUCACCAUCACCGGCGUGCAAGGUCAGCAGCAGGGUCAAGAGGGGGUCAAAGUUCAGUCCGCCCCGGUGACGGUGACCGUGGGGAACAUCAGCAGCACGAGUCCAGAGCAGAUGGGGCAGGUCCAGAGCCCAUCAGAGACGGAGGGUCAGCCCGGAAAGAGGCUGCGCAGGGUGGCCUGCUCCUGCCCCAACUGCAGGGAUGGAGAGGGGAGAAAUAACAGCGACCCGUCAAAGAAGAAGCAGCACGUGUGUCACAUGGAGGGCUGUGGGAAGGUUUACGGUAAAACGUCUCACCUGAGAGCUCACCUGCGCUGGCACACGGGAGAGAGACCGUUCGUCUGCAACUGGAUCUUCUGCGGGAAACGCUUCACCAGGAGCGACGAGCUUCAGCGGCAUCGCAGGACGCAUACAGGUGAGAAGAGGUUCGAGUGUCCAGAGUGCUCCAAGAGGUUCAUGCGGAGCGACCACCUGUCAAAGCACAUCAAGACUCACCAGAACAAGAAAGGUGGAGCGGCACUUACCAUCAUCACCACAGAUGAGAUGGAGGAGGAGGUGGACGAGGCGCUGAGCUCGCCGAGGAUCGUCACUGUGGCCACGCUCUCGCAGGAUUCAAACCCGGCCACGCCCACCACUUCAAACAAUUUAGAGGAGGAGUUUGAGUAGUUUUCCCGCCAAAAACGAUCGGCUGAAAGCACCACGAUAUUGUUUGUCGGUUUGUUUCUAGGUUGAUUUGUUUAUGUUCUUCAUUCUUUUUUUUCUAUCGACGAUGGACAGCUGUUUGAGCGCACUCGAUUUUUCAUAUGGAGAUUUAAUACUAUCAAAUAUUAUGGUAAAGAAUAUAAUCUAAUGGAAAUAUGGAAUCGUAUGAGUUGUUAAGGGACCGGUUGAACGAUCGCGUUCGGUUUGUUACGAGUAGCACAAGAAGAACCGAAGUUCCCAGAUGCUCCUAAAGAUGAUGCUAUGCACAAAAAUAAUAUAUAUGUGUUUUCAAAGUCGUUUCCGCCACAAGAUACAAAAAAAAAAGAAAAAAGGUAAUUAUGAUUUUCUAAUCUCAUGAUUCUGACUUUUUUUUCCUCAUAAUUCUGUUUUUGUUUUUGAAUUCUGACUUUUCCUUGGAAUUCUAAAUUUAUAUACAAUUCUUACUUUUCUUAUAGUUCUGAGUUUAUAUUUCGCAGUUUUUACUUUUUCCUCACAAUUCUGUUUAUCUCACAAUUUUCUUUUUUAUCACAAUUCUGACUUUUUUCUUUUAAUUAUUAGUUUAUAUCUCACAAUUCAGAAUCUUUUUUUUUUAAUUCUGAGUUUAUAUUUUGCAAUUCUGACUUUUUGCUUUGAAUUCCAAGUUUACUUUUCGCAAUUGUUUUUUUUUUCUGUCAUUAAAUAAAAAUAUAUUUUUUGCAGGAUUGAGACUUUUUUUCUCACAAUUUGUGACUUUCAUUCUUUGAAUUCUGAUUUAUAUAUAUACCGCAAUUCUCACUUUUUUUACUUUAAAUACUGAGUUUGUAUUGUUGUAUUCUCAUUUUUUUUUAAUUCCACCAUGGAAUUAAAAAUAAAAAAAGUAAUUUGCGACUUUUUAUCUCGCAGUUCAGAUUUUGAGAAUCUUUAUCGAGAGUUUAUAUCUCACAAUUAUGAGAUUUUUCGCAAUAAUAUUUUUUAUAUCUGUAAUGUGAGAUGAAAUCUUGGAAUUGCGAGAAAAAUAGUUUAAAUUGUGAUAUAAGCUUGCGAGAAAAAUAUCAAAAUUGUGAGAUAAAAUGUACAAUUGCGAAAAAGAUCUGCAUUGUGUUGUAAACUUUAAAUUGCGAGGAAAGACAGUCUGAAAAAAUUCGCAAUUCAUUAAAAAAAUUAUUCUGUGGCGGAAACAGGUUCGUAGUUUUCGGAUUGAACAUGCAGUCGGGGAUAAGACUCUCGGAGCUUCACGCGAUGGUCUGUGGUUUUACGUACGAUCAGGCUAGAAAGAUGAAAACGUAACAGAUCUUUAAUACACGAUUAGAGUCGCAGCACAAGCUAGAAAGCGUCGUCGUCUGUGAUUGGACCAUGUCACGAAGCGUCAGCCAAUCACAGCCAGGCAUAUAUAAUAAUAUAAUCGACGAUACAACAGUCAAACUUUUAUGUAGGAGAAACGAGAUUAUAGAGACGGGCUAUUUAACGAAAAGCACAUUAGAUUUACAAAUAAUGCAUUCCAGUUACGAUUACUUUAGAGAAAAAAUAAAAUAAACGAGAAAGAAAACAAUCUAGCUUUCCGAGACAUGCUACAGUAUGUUGAACGAAAGCAAUACUAUAAAGACAAUCUUUAACCAUGUUUACAUUACCGAGGGGUAAAAUAGGUUUAAGAAAAACACCUAUAGAAGUUCUCUCUGAUCUCAAGUCAUAUAAACUGUACUUUGAUGCCUUAACAAACACUGCAGUACAACUACGUUACGGCUGGGCAGGGGGACGUGGGGCUUCGACUGUGUUUUCAGAAAUAUUCGUGUGCAGGCGACUGCAUUUAGCUUUUUAUAUAUGAUGGUGAACACUGUGGGAGCGAGUGAAGAUCCGCUCCAGCCCUCUUGAAGAUCCCCGACCCGCGUCGAUGUGUCGCCCGUUGACUUUCUUGCGCUCUCCAAAGAAAUUUGACCCAACGACUCCCUCCAAACGCUCCCUCCGGGUCACGGCGGGGCGAGAAACACACCCUGAAGCCACUUCAAUGAGUUUGAUGUUGAGAAAUCUGUGGCGUGGCGUUCUUAUUCGUGAUUUUCAUUUGGUUUGUUUUCAUUUGGAGCCUGUGUGCGCGUGUCUAAUUUAUUAUUUAUCCUUCUAUUAUUACUAGUAUUUGCUAAUGUGUAUUGUGCGCUGUUAAUGCAGAGAUGACGUGCUGCAUGGUUCAUUUCCGCUCUAUUUAGUAACGAUCUGUUAUUUCUAAACGUGGUCCUUUUAGGAGUAAAACCAUGGCUUUUAAUUUAUCUGACCAUGACGUGUUUAAAAAAAAAAAAAGUUUAAGAAGAAAUGGUUGAUACCAAACAAUUAUAAAUAGCCUAGAUGUUUCUUUGGUAAUAUUUUCUGUGGCGAGCGAUUUUCUUUAAGAUUUUCUAGUGGCACCUCAUUUGUAAAUCAUUUUUCUAAGAUGUUCCUUUGUCCUCAUGGCAUUUGAUAAUGGGUUUUUGGCCAUGUUAGCCUGAAAGGCUGCAGUUUAUUGAUAUUUUUAAAAUAACUUUGUACAAACGUGUUAUGGUAAUGGGUUAAAAAAGGGGGGAGGGGCUUUGCCUGCAUAACACUUAAAAAUUAAAGUGAGUAAUUCUGUCUCAAAGA